AUGACUAAAAGAUUCACUUCUUCUUUCUUAUUUGCCUGCAUUUUUUUUGUUCUUUGUUCCUUUGUUUUGGGAAGACCAAAAGAUAUUAUACCCGAGCUCACAGAUACUUUUAAAGCUAACCUUGCUGCAACAACACUUUAUGGAAAAAUUUUUCUUCUCGAUAAAGAUCAACAACCUUGUGUGAAGUAUAAGCCCAAUGUAGAUUGGCCUAUGAAAACAACUGUAAAACUCAUUCGAAAUGGUACUAUUGUGGAUGAAUAUAAAUAUAAAAAUGUAAAAGACAAGAAAUUUAUUGUUUUAAAAGACAAUUUAUCAAACAUAAUUAUCAGUUUAAUACUCAAUCUCUGCUAA